GAUUGACAGUUUGAUGACAUCAUGACUGUUGGUGAUGUUUGAUUGUGUAAAAAAACAGUGCGAAAAACGCGAAAAAUGCCCAAAAACUCCCGAAGAUCGCACGGAAAAUAGUUUAAUUGUGUAAUAAUGUGCCUGAGUGUUGCCCCAAGCAUCCCGUCACUGUAGUGCCGUGGCCCCCGUGAGUGUUUGGGCGAGGUCCCCCGUGUGUUGAAGAAUUUUUCUGCACCUGCAACAAGUGCCACGAAAGGUGAUCCGUGCUGUUUUGGGCGGGUGAAGGUGGUGUGAAGACAAAGUGAGUGGACUGGAGCGAUAGGACGUUAGAUAAGAGUGUGCACAAUGUCACGGCACGAUCGUGGCAAACCCAGCGGCAUCAUGGACACCCUCUUUGGGCGUCCAAAGUUGCGCGGGAAGACAGGAAGCGCCAAUGGGCGCCCAAUCUCGGAGCCAGAGGGUGAUUUGCAACAACUCACGGCUGAGGUGUACCGCAUGACGACCGAUGAGAUCACCCACAAGUUCCUCGACAUUCUCGAGGACAUGAACAUACCCAAGGACAAGAGACAGCCCCUGCUGCUGAAGAGUGUGGAAGAGAAACGAGAGAUGAUUCUCAUGCACACCAAGGGAAAGGCUUCCACGGAGAAUAGAACUCACUCCCGGUUCGAGAAGCCGCGUGACUACAUUGACUACCUGCGUGAUCGUGAGCAUCACAUCCACAAAAUUCACGCGUGCGUGGAAAACUUGAGGGUGGCUCUUACGAGUAAUCCAAUAAGUUGGAUUAAGGAAUUCGGGGAGGAGGGAAUCGAUGAAAUUGUGAGCCUUUGGCGAGACUUUAAGCCCCAGAAGUGGUUCGAGAAGACCGAGUACGAGUGCAUUCGCUGCCUGAAGGCUAUCCUCAACAAUACAUGGGGUCUGAAUGCCAUCAUUGGACCGCAGCAGCAUGCCGCCGUCCUCCUCCUGGCACAAUGCCUCGAUCCCCGGAAACCCCACACAAUGAGCGAAGCUGUAAAACUCCUCGCUGGUCUGUGCCUUAUCCCCGAACGCAAUGGCUACGAUAAAGUUCUCAGGGCCAUCACGAAUGCAGCAGCUACAGUGGACAAGACGGGCGAACGAUUCCGAUGGAUCGUGGAAGGGCUCUUUGUGGAGCACGACGCCAAUGAGACGAAGCGUGAUUUGUGCUAUUUGUGUCUCAUGUUCCUCAAUACAAUCCUCAAUUCUCCGGAUCUCAAUUUCCGGCUCCAUUUGCGCUGCGAGAUCAUGCGCACGGGGCUGUAUGAGCGCCUCGAGCUACUCGGUGAUAUCGUUGAGAGUAGCAAUAUGGAGAGCCUGAAGAAGCACUACAAGAUCUUCAAUGAUGCCCGCGAGGAUGAUUCGGAAGAAUUCAGUCAACGCUUCGACAAUGUCCGCCUUGAGUUGGACGACAUGAAUGAUUGCUAUGAGCUUGUUAAGAAUAUCGUUUCGGACACAUCGGCCGAACCCUACUUCCUCUCAAUCCUCCAGCAUUUGCUCUUCAUUCGCGACGACCACGAAUACCGUCCGGCGUAUUUUCAGCUAAUUGAGGAGUGUGUGUCGCAAAUUGUCUUCUUCAAGAAUGGCUGUGAUCCGAAUUUCAAGAGUCGCGACUUCCACAUUAAUGUGGACAUGCUGCUCGAUGAUCAGGUGGAGAAGUCCAAGCAGAAGGAUCAGAAGCGCAAUGAGGAGUAUGAGAAGAAGAUUGAGGCACUCGAGACGGCUAAGCAGGAAGCGGAAGCGCAUGCGGCGACACUCAUGGAGAAGAUUAAGGCAUUCGAGGAGACGGGAGUUGUGCCGGUGGUCACAAAUAAACUGCCUGACAUUAAAAUUCCGCCUCCUCCGCCACUUCCAGGGCAGAAGCAGCAGGGUGGUCCUCCGCCUCCACCUCCCCCACCUGGGAAAAUUGGUGGAGGUCCUCCACCGCCGCCUCCGCCACCUGGUAUGGGACCCCCUCCGCCGCCACCACCCCCAGGUAUGGGACCACCACCCCCACCCAUGGGUGGUAUUGGACUUCCGCCACCCGCAAAAGCUCCGCUCGUGCUGCCCCAUGGGUUGAAGCCGAAGAAAAAGUGGGACGUCGAUGGUCCCAUCAAGAGGGCCAAUUGGCAGGUGAUUACCCCCACGAGAAUGUCAGAGAAGGCCUUCUGGGUCAAGUGCAAAGAGGAUCGUCUCGCUUCCGAUGAUAUCUUCAUGGGACUCUCGAGUAAAUUCACCUCCAAACCCAUUCGCAAGAUGGACAAGGAUACAAUGGACAAGGCACCAACAACGAAAAAGAAUGUCGUGGAUUUGCGCGUACUCGAUGGGAAAUCAGCCCAAAAUAUCGCCAUCCUCUUGGGGGGUUCCCUCAAGCAUUUGUCCUACGAUCAGAUAAAACUCUGCCUUUUGCGCUGCGAUACAUCAAUUCUCACGUCAAAUAUUCUCCAGCAAUUAAUUCAAUACCUUCCGCCGCCUGAUCAAUUGAAACGUCUGCAGGAUCUCAAGAAUAAGAAUGAAGAGCUCACAGGAGUGGAGGAUUUUGCAGCAACAAUUGGAGAAAUAAAGCGACUUAGCCCUCGUCUGCACAGCCUCAAUUUCCGCCUGCAAUUCAAUGAUAUGGUACAGGAUGUGAAACCGGACAUUGUAGCGGGUACAGCUGCAUGUGAGGAGGUGAAGGAGAGUGCCAAGUUUGCCAAAAUUCUCGAAUUGAUUCUCCUCAUGGGGAACUACAUGAAUUCCGGGACGAAGAAUGAGCAAGCAUUUGGCUUUGAGAUGAGUUUCCUCACAAAGUUGAGUAGCACAAAAGACUAUGAGAAUAAACAGACUCUGCUGCAUUUUGUCGUUGAUGUGGUAGAGAAGAAAUUCCCAGAUGCAUUGGCACUGGAUAAGGAUCUAUCGCAUGUGGAUAAGGCAAGUCGUGUGAGUAUGGAGAAUAUCCAGAAGACAAUGCGGCAGAUGAAUGCGUCGCUGAAGAAUCUCGAUUCGGACUUGACCAACAAUAAAUUGCCACAGAAUGAAGAUGAUAAAUUUAGCGAAGUUAUGGGACAAUUUGCGCAGGAUUGUCGAAAGACUGUGGAAGUGUUGGGGAAGAUGCAGGUCCACAUGGAAUCCUUAUUCCGCGAUCUCGCCGACUAUUACACUUUUGAUCCGGCCAAGUAUACCAUGGAGGAGUUCUUUGCGGACAUAAAAACCUUCAAGGAUGCCUUUCUGCAGGCACAUGCAGACAAUUUGCGUAUCCGGGAGGAGGAGGAGAAGGCACGACGGGUGCGAGAGGCGCGUGAACAAGCAGCCCUCGAUGCACAGGAACGAAAGAUGCGACAGCAAGCUGUUGUGGACAUUGACAAUCCGCAGACACAAGAGGGUGUCAUGGAUAGUCUGUUAGAGGCCCUACAGACGGGCUCGGCCUUUGGGAAUCGCGAUCAACGGCGAAAACGUGGCCCGAGGCCCGCUGGAGCCGAGCGACGAGCACAACUCAGUCGAAGUCGUUCCCGGACGCGCGUGGCGCCCGGACCACUCAUCACACGCGAAAUGCUCAAUGAUGUCCUCAAGUGAUCCAGGUCAGUGUCGCCCCUCUAUGUUUUUCAUAUCAUUCCACGCGUGCUCCCUACACGACCACGCAGCACAUCUUCCACAUUUCAUCCGUCUUCUCCCGACGGUUGUACUUACAAUGUAUUGUUAUCUCUUUCGGGGAGUCUGUGCCAUCAAAGUGAGGGUUUUUUCUUUUUUUUCGAAACUACUUCAAUACGAAAAUACUUUUUUUUUUAUAUAAUAAGUUUGAGUUUAAAAAACUCACAAAUUAUUUUUCGAAAAAAAAAUGCAUUUAAUCUGGAAAAGUUGAAAGUGUAAUUUUUUUGCAGAAGAUUCGCGAAGGAAUCUAAUUGAAGAAGAGCAAUGAUAGACUUAAAAUUGUGCCUAAAUAAUUGGUAUUUGAGCUUUAUCCUCUAAAAGGGACCAUACGCAAUGUAAGUGAUGGUGUGAAAAUAUUUUUUUAAAAGUGAAUUUUUGGACUCUUUAAAAUAAAAUUUAAAAAGUAUUAAUAAGAAUUUGCGCUUAAUUGCAGUGGAGCUAUUCCACGAUUUUCCUAUUGAAAAACAACGAUAAAAAAAAAGAACUAACAGUAUAAUCAUUUUUAUUUUUAUUGGUUUAUUGGACGCUUAUUUAAAUCUUUUUAACUGAGCUAUUGUAAAAAAAAAAUGUUAGGGGAGGAUGGAGCAAAAUAGAGAUAUAUUUUUUAUAUUAUAAAUACAUUUUUGAAUAUAAAAGCUAAAGAGACAUUUAUCUUGAACAUUUCCUUAUGCCUAUUAGUCCGAUUAGCCCUUGUCUCCCAUAAAUUGAUACCUUUACUGUAUUCAGAAUAGAUUUAUGCCAUAUGACUCCACCAGAGUUUAAGAGCAUCUGAGUAGAGUUUUAACUACUUAAGUGCAUUAAGUUUGUACUGAAUUUAAUCGCAGCUAAAAGGAGGUUAUUCAGUCACAUAUGGGAGUUACCCUAGGGCGUGUAAACAAUUUUGACCUCCGUGAUCUGUUAGAGAAUCAAAAAUGAUAAUAAAUCGCAAAAAAACUUACCACCAAAAGUCCAGCGAAGAUUUCAUACAAAAUGCAAGAAAAUGGGCGGCCAUUACCAAUUUUAUCCUCUUUGAAUGUUUCAAAACGUUCGUAUUGAUGUUUCGUAGCGACAAAUUCAUCUAAGAAACAUUAAUGCGAAUGUUUUGAAACAUUUAAAGGAACUAAAUUGAUAAUGGCCGCCAAUUGUUAGGCAUUUUGUAUGAAAUCAUUGUUGAACUUUUUUCUGUGAAAAGUAGAUUUUUUUUUCUUGCCAUUUCUUAUCUUUUUUUUCUGAUUCUCUAAAAGUUCAUGCGGGUCAAAAUUGUUUUUUCUCGACCUAAUGGUUUCCCACAUGUAACUGAAUAGUCUCCUUUUCAUGUUAAAAUAUCAAUGAACAAGAAGAAAUAGAAGUUCUCUGUGAUUGUUAGUAGACUGAUUAGACUGGUCAUUUGCUUAUUUCUUGUUCGGCUCUACUGGUGUAGCUUCAGUGCAAAGUUGUUUUAAAUGGAAUAAAAUUGCUUAUUCCCAAGCCCUACGUGAAUAUCUUAUUCCCAACUAUGUCUUUUGAAUUAAGAGAAAAAACUUUAAUAAAAAAAUAUUUAAUUCUUUUCAAAGAUUCUUUCCCUUAUUUUACUCCAUUCUCCCCUUGAAUUAAUCAAUAAGGAAUAUCAUUAAACUAAAUGUAAAAAAAAACGUAGUAAAUAUAUUUUUAUACUGCUCUUAAAAUUAAAAAAUAAAUAAAUGACUGAAAAAUUAAUAAAUUCGCAGCAAUAAAUAAAAGAAGGAUUUUCUUCUGAAUUUUUAUUGAUUCAGAAAAUUCAAUCAAGCCUAAAUGAAUAAAAAUCAACACAAACACUCCACAACAGAGAUUUAUUUCACGAAUAUUCUGCAACAAAAACAGCUUCAACAUUUCCAGAAAAUCAAAUUGAGCAUUUCCGCCCCCAGUCGUGCACUACAACCAAAAAAAAAAAAAACAAAUCACACGUCCUUUCCCCACAAAACCGCCAAAAUUUGCAGAAAAGUCUUCCAGAAGUGAAUCAAAAGCAACAAAAACACUGCAGUCAAUUGAAAACACAUAAUUCUUUUCGUAUCAUGGUUUUUAUUGUAGUAAGUUUUAUUUUUUUAUUAGAAUGAGAACGAUAAAACGAAUAUAAGGAGAGAACCUUUUUUUUUGCGAAAAUGUGUAAUUUACAUCAAAUAUUGUAAUGAUUUAGCUAUUAUACUAUAUUAUUAAAUACAUUAAAGUUUUUUUUUAAAGA